GUUGAUCGAGGCGCAAUGUAUUAUAUGACGUCAACACAAACCGUUCGACUUGGGCCAGAGCAUGGAUCCUCGCGCGGGUUUGACUUUUACGAGAAAUCGAACUUUGGACGUGGACCUGACAACCUAGACUACAAUGAAAUGGGAUCGCGUGACUGGCACGGCCGAGAAAUGGGUCGCCCUGACCGGAGGAGAUACGAUUCAUCCUCGGGCCAGCAUCACCAUCCACGCGGACUGAGGCGUAACUACGGUGGCAACUAUGAUGCACCAAUGCAAGAAUUCAAGCACGAGCAUGGACAAUCCCACGUGGCAGAAGAUGUUGGAUGGCCCUCUGAUGCGCAGGGCUAUAGAGGAACAGCCUUUAGGCAUGAUAAUUGGCGACGAGCCGGUGGGCCCUCCUCUGCAGAUCCAGGCUAUGCACCUGGCUUGGACAAGAGGCAACGUUUUGGAGGUCCGGAUUACACCUCAAGAUUGGAAGGUCCACAAGGCGGACCUCGUGUUGGUGAGUUUCCUGAAUACAGCAGAGGCGCGCGAGCAAAGAGAUCUAUCGAGGGUCCCAGUACGAGUCUCCAGUGGAAACUUGCACGAGAAGGAGAGACUGGCGCAAAUAAAUUCAAAUCAAGCACUUCCGCUAUCCAAGGGUAUUCAGAUAUGUUCAGAGGAGCACAUAAAACAUGGAUAUAUCGCUGCUGUCUCUGCAAAUAUCGUACCAUACAUUACCCAGAUAUUCAAGCACACAUUGCCAGCAAGAUGCACAAUGUAUCUCGGAUGUAUAUCACUGACAAGGUUAAAGACGGUGCAUUGGUCUGCAAGUUCAUUGAUGCGUACAUUGGGUGGAAGAUCAACCUUGUGAAACAGAAAUUUGACAAAAUAACGAUUCCUACAGGCGGUGGUGCUGCUUACGUUGAAAGAUCCUGUGGCAGAGGGCCCAUAUGCAUGUCGGAUUUGGACGAGGCGAUGGAGAUAACUCGCUCCACCUGGUGCUGGGCUUGUUGCGAGCACAUGGCGGAGACCCCUGCGGUGGUAGGGGCUCACUUGACCUCGCCCGAACACAUCAGGAAUAGAACGAAGUACAGGCAUCAGCGGAAAUAUUAUGUGCUGGGAGUUGUAAACAACAUCCUGAAAGAAUCGCUGUACUCCGCUUUGCUUGACAAGUUUAAAAUGAAUCCAGACGCGGGUCAAGAAAUCUUCCAAAUGUUCCACGCGGAGUCAAAGGGACAAGGUCCAAAAGACAAAGCAAGACCACAAGGCACGGAGGAGGCGUUGGGGAACAGUGAUUCUGCAGCGGAGGAAUCGGUCGAAGCGACGGACGACGACAAAGUGGUUCCUCAAAAAGUUGACCAUAACGAUCCAGCUAAAUCCUGCAGCGUUGACGACGCAACCGAAGAAGGCGCCGUUGAUUUAUCGGAGAAGGGAAAGGGCCAGGAAGCAGGUGGUACUAGCGUUGAGAAUUUUGAGAGUGAAGCAAAAGGGGUGAAGAAAUACGUGCAAGUAAGUGAUUCAGAGUCCACGAUUGAUUUUGAACAUGGGGUCGUUGUACACCAUGAUGAAAACGAGACGGCCAGUGAUCCACAGAGUGAUCGAGAGGAAUGUGAGGAGCUGGAUAAUUAUGAUGAUGAUUGUGAUUAUGAAGCUGGGGAAGUUGUGCAGAUCGAUGAUGACGUAGAGUAAAGAGUAAAUACGCUUAAUCUCUUGGUGGGUUUAUCCUAAAUAUCUAGUGCUAACAGAAAUUGAACAAUUUGGAAUAAGUUUUCUGUCUUUCCAAGUUAAUAUUGUAACUGGCUGACCCGCCCCUACUUGACAUUUGUGAAAAAGAGCUUCAUAGCUUAUUGAAUUGCUCCAGUUUUUUUUAUAGAUUCUGAUAAUGUUUGGAUUAUAAACCUCAAAACCACAAAUCCCUGAAUUCUAACUACAUUUUUUCUUGAGCCGAGUUACCUUUCAGCCCCAAAAUAUUCUACUCUCCAACAACGUUUUAUCACGUGAGAAAUAACAAUUCCCAGUGUAAAAUAAGUAACAAAACAUCAAAUGUAAUACUUAACAUACGUGGAGAACCGCAGUGCUUACAAGGUGCUUCUCAGCGUCUCCAAUGGAUUAGUGCCCCCCACGCACCGUUCCUACACCCGUGACAGUGCCGGCACCACACAGCACAGCUGGUAAACAAACAACUGCAGGCCGCGGUGCGCCCCCUGCCGCCACAGAACACAUCUGAUCGCUCUUUACUCAUUGCGCGAACAUUCGCUCGUUCUGCGAACAACUUAGUCAGAAUUGAAAUUGCUCUUUUUGGCGAAUUCCCCUAGAAAGAAGGCUCGUUAAGCAAGACGUGCCGUGAUGUUUAAGCAAGCUUCAACAUCAUUCAUAGCACAAUUUAUCAGCAAUUGUAUUAUCCCCUUACACCGCUGCGCAUCGUUAAUGUCGCUGCAUACCAUUAUUACAGCGCGUGAUUCGUCAUGUUGCCUUUGCUGUCUGAAGGUUUCCCGUCAUUCCACCUUGUUUUUUGACCUUUGCCACAUGGUUAUGUUUUUUAGUGGAUGGCAUUGUUUACUUUGCUUCUUCAACUUUAUUAUUUCAAUAAGGCGAUUUACCUGUUGUUAUCCCUGAAGGGCUUGGGCUGAAAAAAAGAUAAUUGUAGCCUGAAAAUGAAUACAAAAUAAUAAUCACGAAGUUUCAAUAGCGUCCUUCAUGCAAAACAGCAUCCCCACAGUUAUACCCUCUUAAAGCAGGUACGAUAGUUUCAAAAUGCAAGCUUUGGGAUAAGGCUUGGAGUAAAAGAUGUGUUUUGUAUUGAUUUAUAUAAUCUUGGAAAACAAGGAACUGAUUAAAGUCAAUUUUUUUUUUUACUAUUUUGAGCUUGUAAGUUUUCAUAAUUUGUCAAGUGAGGAUUCGAGGGUAUUAAAAAUGUUUUUGAGAUUAACAAUGUAACAUUGGUAAAUUUAAAUUGUGACUUAAAACUUUCGUGAUUGCAGGAAUUAAUAUUAUUUGGUUCUUUCGGUAAAGUCACAUAGAAAAAUAAUGAAAAUAAAGUGAAUACAAA